UGGCAGGUAGAUGGGGGCCACUUGGAGGUAUAAUGGCCAUAGAGAUGCUAGGCAAGGGGGGCCAGAAGGGCCGCACAACCCUAGAGACUAUGGGAAGCCCCGGGCUAUAAAUACGUGGGGGACAGAAGGAGCCACUGUAUGAUCCUAGCCCUGGGCAAACAGCGUAGGCGGGGCCGUGUAGGACCAUGGCGCUGGGAAGGAGGGCACUGCAGGGUCAUAGAGAUGGCAAAGAGCGCGUAGAGGGGACAGGGAAGGGAGUCUAGAGCGGCGGUUCUCAACCAGGGGUUCACAUACCCAUGGGGGUACGCAGGGUCUUCCAGGAGUACAUCAGCUCAGCUCGAUACUUGCCUAGUUUUACAACAGGCUGCAUGAAAAGCACCAGCCAAGUCAGUGCAGACUAAAAUGUCACACGGCUGAUGAGAAAGCCAGCCAUGGUUCAGUAACCGUGGGCUGUAGUGUUAUGUCUGGUUUUGUAAGCAGGUAGUUUUUAAGUGAGGUGAAACUUGGGGUACGCAAGACAAAUCAGCCUCCUGAAAGGGGUGCAGUCAUCUGGAACGGCUGAGGGCCGCGGGUGUAGAGCGUGUACUACGUGAGUCAUAGUGAUUGGGAGAAAGAUCUUGCAGGGGUUCUUCGAGAGCGGCGUUUCUCACUCUUUCUGAUACCAGGGUUGCUGCCUUCCAACCUGUGUCAGGGAGAUCUCUGAGACGGCACCGGUCCCCAGACCGGUCGUUGAGAAACGCUGUUCUAGACCCUCCUCUUGUGAUCCCCGUGACCCAGCAGUGCCGCUCUAGACACUCCUCUCCAUCACUAUGACCCCGCAGUGCUAGAUCUGUUUUGGUUAGUUAUGGUCGUGCGGUGCAGGCUCUAGACUCUGCUGUGCCGCUAUGAUUUUACACUGGCCUCUCUAGAAUUUCUUCCACUUUUCUGUGGCCUCUCUACCUCUGCUGGAGGGAACGGGGACUAGAGCGAGGGGAUAUGUGAGCGUGACAGGAAAGGUCGUGCUCACACUCCCGCUUUCCAGUCGUGACAGCAGGAUGGUGCUGCCUGGACGGACGCAGGGCAGAGCGGGACUCUAUGGCCCAGUCGCCGCCAUGAUGGUCUGUGCAGCGCUGAUACAGAUUACUUCUUCGCACGAAGAUCUGCACCACGGGCAUUCGCACGAGGAUCUGCACCAUGGGCACAGCCACGCUGGGCACAGCCACGAGGAUCUGUACCAUGGGCAUUCGCACGAGGAUCUGCACCACGGGCACAGCCACGCUGGGCACAGCCACGAGGAUCUGCACCAUGGGCACAGCCAUGCUCACCACAGCCACUCGCAUGGGGACUUCCACGGCCAUGGGCAUUCGCAUGAGGACUUCCACGGCCCCAGCGAGGCCGACUUUAGCCACCAGCCCAAGGAAGUCCGUGUUCCGCACUCGGCUGAGGGGUCCCCGAGCCACCAGCAGUUGCCUGGGAAGGAGAGGCAGGACUUGGUCAAGCUAUGGACACACGCCAUCGGAGCCACCUUGCUGAUCAGCGCCGCCCCCUACUUCAUCCUCUUCCUCAUCCCCGUGGAGUCCAACACUUCCCAGCACCAGGCCCUGCUCCGGCUACUGCUCAGCUUUGCCUCGGGGGGACUCCUAGGGGACGCCUUCCUGCACCUCAUCCCCCACGCGCUGGUGCCCCAUUCCCACCACAUGGAGGGCGGCCAUGCCCAUUCUCACUCCCCCACGGUGUCGGCUGGCCACGGUCACUCCCACCAAGGGCAGGAUCACGAGCGGAUGAUGGCUGUGGGGCUCUGGGUCCUGGCUGGCAUCGUAGCCUUCCUGGUGGUGGAAAAGUUUGUGAGACAUGUGAAAGGGGGACAUGACCAUGGGCACAGCCACGGUGGACACAGCCAUGCUCCCAAGGCAAAGAGCAGCUCUGGCGAGGAGGACAACGGGCCCCAGGAGAGGAAGGCCGGCAAGGUGCGUGCCCCUGACAAGGCAGCCCCCAAGAAGAGGGGCCAGGAGUCAGAGGAGCGGACUCAGGAGUCUACAAUGAAGGUCUCUGGGUACCUGAACCUGGCGGCCGACCUGACGCACAACUUCACGGACGGGCUGGCGAUCGGGGCGUCGUUCCUGGCGGGGGCCGGGGUGGGAGCCGUCACCACCCUCACCGUGCUGCUGCACGAGGUGCCCCACGAAGUUGGCGACUUCGCCAUUCUCGUCCAGUCGGGCUGCAGCAAGCGCAAGGCGAUGAAGCUGCAGCUGCUGACGGCGCUGGGCGCCCUGGCGGGCACGGCUUGCUCACUGCUGGCCGAGGGCAUCGGGGAGGCGGCCACGGCCUGGAUCCUGCCCUUCACGGCGGGCGGGUUCAUCUACGUGGGCACCGUGUCAGUGAUCCCAGAGCUGCUGCGGGACGCAGCGCCCCUGCAGUCCCUGCUGGAGGUGUUGGGGCUGGUCUGCGGCGUCGCCAUGAUGGUGCUCAUCGCGCACUACGAGUAGCAGGCCCCAGCGGGGGGCGCCUGGGGGGCAGUGGCACGUGGACCCAGGCGUCCGGGAUGGGACUCCGUGUGGACUCCAGGGGCGGGGGGUGUGGUGGACCCUGGCAUCCGGGACACGGGGGGGAGGGGAGCGGGGGCCAGCUCUGCGUGGACCCAGGUGUCCAGGAUGGGGGGUGCUAUGUGGGCUGUGGGGGCGGAAGCCACAUGAAUCCUGGUGACCAGGGUGGAGGACGUGGCCCACUCCAUCCCAGAUGCCUGGGUCCAUCCAGAGCUUCCCCCCGGGGCGGGGGUGCUGUGUGAGCCCUGGGGGGCAGGGAGGAUGCAGUGUGUGCCGUGGGGAGGGGGUGGCAUGGACACUGGUGUCCAGGUGCCGACACUCACUCUGGGAUUGGGUGGUGGCGUGGACCCUGGUAGUGGGGCUGGCGCAGUGCAGGUUCCGGGGCUGGGUGAGACCUCGGGGCGGGCACCAUACAGACUGCAGGGGUGUGAAGUGCCCUGUAGACGCAGACACCUCUGCUGGGGGGAGGGGGGCAGCCGCACAGCCCCAGCAGCCAGGGACAGAGGAUGGCCCAGACACUGGCGUGGGCGGAAUCUCAUUGGCCCCGGCCUCCGGGGGCAUCAUCUGACUUCCAGCUGAACAGGGGAGUGCGAACGUGGGGCGGGGGAGAUAAUGUGCUGCUGCUUGAUUUGUUUUCUGGGAGGGUCCAAAACCAAGUCCCUCCCCACCACCCCGGCCCUGUGUGUCCCCUAAGGGCGGGAUGGGGGGCAGCAGGGCCGCCCCUUCCUUUGGAAGGGGGAGCUUAUGGAAGUGAAUCCUCCGGGCCACAUCAUGGGUUGGUUUGGAGAAGAUGGGAAGAAAAGCCCCUGCCCUCUGGACCACGGGGGGGGGUGACAUGGGGGGUUACCCAGAAUCCUUUGCUUCUUGGACCAGGUUUUAUUGGGGCAGAUUACCCAGAAUUCUCCCCCACAAUGCACCCUGUGUGACCCCAAAGCAGCUAUCCAGGCUAGUUCCAUAUGGGGCGGCUGCCCUGACCCCCCACCACCACACUGGGGACCAAAGGGGCACGGAGCGGGGCUAAUCAAGACACUGCUAGGCGACAGUUCCCCGACAGAGGUUAUUUUGGAGGGGACUGGGGGUGAUUCUGGGGUGCUGGGGCUUUGGUGAUGGAGG